CCCACAAAGUGGGAAUCUUUGGCCUUUAAGCAACCUUUGCUCCAAGCAAUUCUGGAAGUGUUCCUUCUUUUUCCCAAUUCUUCCCUUUGGUACUUAGAAAACUUCAUUUCCUCUUAUUUUGUUCUCCUGUAAGAAUUAUAACUCUCUUGAACUUAAACACACAAAAAGAAAAGAAAAGAAAAGAGAAAAAAAAAAAAAUGCCAGAGAGAAUAGCAGUCACACAUGCAGACCUUGAACCAAGCCGAAGUAAAACAGAUUUGAGUAGCAAAACAGGUGCCUUCCUUAUGGUUCUUACAAUCCUAUUAGGCCUCUUUUGUUUCAUCCUAUGUCUCAUAGCAGAAACCACACGUUCCCAGGUGACAUGGAUGAACACAGAUGGGAAAGAAAAGGGUGCCAAUUCGGAAUGUGUAUAUAGUGGUAGUGGGAAAGUGCCAUUGUUAUGUGCUGCUUCUGCUUUUGUUGGAUUAGCAAUUGCCAUGGUCGUGGAGCAUACCUAUAUGUUGUUAGCAGUGAGUAAAUCAUCACCUUCUUUACUUACCUGCGAUCCUGAUUCUCCUUCUAUGAAGUCCCUAACAUGGCAAGCUGGGUUUUUCUUCAUUACAACUUGGAUUUGUUUUGCAGUUGCGGAGGUUUUGUUGUUGGCAGCACUUAGUGUAGAGUCAGGCCAUCUGAAGAAUUGGUCUAAGCCUAGAACAGGUUGUUAUACCAUCAAAGAAGGCUUGUUCUCUGCAGCUGGGGUAUUUGCUUUAACCACAGUAUUCCUUGCUGCUGGCUUAUACUUAACAGCUUUACGUGCACAAAGAAUGUCAGAAGAACUUGCACAUGUUAGAAGAGAGGUUCUUGAAACCUCUGCCUUUUAUGCUUCUCCACCAAGAUCACCGCAAAGACAUAUCACAUCUGUUGCAAGGGAGAACCCCGCAACCAGAGAGAGUCAGAAUGAGCAUCUAUUAUCUGUAUUUCCAACUCCUUUCAACAAAAGCUAUAACUUUAGUAUAAAUUAAGGAAACUAUAUUUGAGCCUUUGGUUGAGGCAAAUAUAAAAGGCACAUGGAAGGAAAGUGGAGUGAGGACAAAACUUUAUUUACUGUUUUACACAUCUACAUAGGGUUAAAAUUCGUUUGAUUGUGUAAAUAACUUAAAACAAAUAUGAUUCGUUAGGUACCUUAUAUGGUAUGAUAACUUUGGCCUAUUGGAUGAUGUAGAAUGCCAUGGUCAGUAAUACAGAACUUACCAGAAAAUAGGGUAACAUUCAAACCUCCUUU